AUGUCUGACUCUUUCCCUGCUGUCGCGUCCAAGCGGCUCUUGUCCGGCCUGCUCUCCAGCCUCACUUCUUUCGCCCUCAACACUGGCGUCCUCGUCUGGGAUCUCAGUCUGACCUUUUACAAUCUCUUCGCACCCCUACUCCCAGAGAACAGUGUCGUUCCAGAGGGCUGUCCGGGUGCACACGGUGUGUGGCCCGAGUACGUGCCCCCGACGUCUGCAGACAGCCGCUGCUCUUGUCCUGCACUGAACGCCAUGGCCAACCACGGCAUCCUCCCACACUCUGGCCGGGGCAUCUCGUUCCGUGCCCUUACCGCCGCCUGUCGCACGACGUAUAAUACCUCUUCCAGCUUCUCAUUCUUCGUCCCCUUCUUCGCCGCAAACAUGCUCAACCGCAACUACUGGGCCGACUCGUUUGACCUGCGCGACAUUGACGUCCACAACGGCAUCGAGCACGACGCCUCCCUUAUCCGCGAAGACACCUUCCACGUGCCUAACCAGGGCCCGCCAUGUCCCGCUCUCAUCCGCGCCCUCCUUGCGAGCGCCACCGGCCCCGGGGGCGUCCUCACUACCGACGACCUCGCCCGCGUCUCUGCCGCGCGCCGCGCACACUGUCGGCGCACCAACGGCCAAUUCAGCCUCAACACCUUCCAUCGCCUGUUCGGCAGCACCAACUCCGCGACGCUGCUGACCAUCUUUGGCGGGCGCGUCGAUGACCUCGCGGUCGUCCUCCUUGAGGAGCGCCUCCCCCCCGGCUGGCAGUCCCGCGUGCGCCACCCCGCAGGCCUCACUUUUACGCAAUUCCAGCCCACCAUCCUGCGCAUCGAGCUCGCCAUCCAGGAGGGGUCCGCGCCCGAGGGCACUGACAAGCGUGCGUGA